CUGAGCGGAGCCGAUCCUCUCCCGGUGAUGCGGCUCCCGGGUCCUGAUUGCGUGGGAAGUUUGAAACGUGCGCCGGUUCGCUCGUUUCUCUUUGCGCGCGUUUGUUAACACGCGUCCGCGUUGCACUCGGACUGGACUGCCUAACACAAGGAACCUUCUGCGUUGUGACAGCUGUGUAGAAUACGCGCGUGCAAAGAGGGCUGCUUACCCAGAUAAGGUCUUUCUGACACUUUGGAGCUCCGCGUACGCUUGCCUCUUCCAUUUGGUUCGCGGUUAAGGUUAAAAUAUGUGACGCAGUAACGCUGUGCGAUUUCCGACCAAGGGGUCACGUGGGAACCCGUUUCAUAAAUACCAUGCGGCUCUCUUUGUUCGAGACUAGUUUUGUAGCGUGAAUAGGACCCGACUGUGAACCAGACUGUGGAGAGGACCGAACUGCGGUCUGUAGUGGAAUGGCACUCUGUGCUUCGGUGACUCUUGCACGAUGGACUUGUUUUCUACUGUUCUUCAAUCUGGGAGGCGCCGGCCGCCGCUACGAAGAUGAGCCUGUGGCGUUGGCCGUGCACGUGGGCAGCCAGAUCGACCUUCCGUGCAAAUCACUGCUGGCCAACGACCUGCCCCUGCGCAUCAACUGGUUCAAGGACGACUCACCGAUGCCCGUGUACAGCGUCACGUACGCCAGCAACCAGAGCUUCCACCGGACCAACAUCAUGCAGGGCCGGCACGCGGCCCGUUCCGACUGGAGCCAGCGGGCCUACUUCAGCGUGCUCGGUUCGCCGGCCACGCUCAAGGUCAACGACCUGGCCUUCCAGGACACCGGCACCUAUGUCUGCCAGGUGGUCAUCAGCCGUGGCACACAGCGGAACGCCACCGUGCAUCUGGUCGUGGUCGGGGCUCUGAAGCCUCCAAUUAUCCGAGACGCAAGAGGAAGAACUAAGAAGGAUAUAGUCGGGCCGUACUACGAAGGCGACGAGCUUCGGCUUACCUGUGAGACCCCAGGAGGAAAACCGAGUCCAUCCAUCACGUGGUUCAGGAACGGCAAGGUUAUCACCAACCUGACCCGCACGUCAACCCGUGGUAACAUCCGCAGUGACGCUAUCAUCUCGAGGCUAGAGCGUUCAGACCUGCUCUCAGUCUUCACCUGCCAGGUGUCCAACAACAUCUCGGCGGCCGUCGCUUCGUCCGUCAAGCUCGAAAUGAUCUUGCGCCCUCUGGAUGCCGUAGUGCGGCGCGGCGACACGCCCCUGUCAGCCGGAAUCCCGGUGGAAAUCGUGUGCGAAGCUAUGGGAUCCCGGCCACCGGCGACCAUCAGCUGGUGGCGUAACGGCGUCCAGCUCAACCAGACCUUCAACCACGUGUCGGCGGACGGCAACGUCACCACCUCGGUUGUCAACUUUACGCCCACGAGCGCAGACAAUGGCCUACAGCUCAUGUGCCGGGCCCAAAACCCGCUGCUGCCCGGUGCGGUGGCCGAAGAUGUCUGGGUCAUGCGCAUCUACUACAAGCCCAUCCUCAGCGUGGAGCUGGGACCGCCGUACCGCAACUCGAGCUUGGUCGAGGGUUCGGACGUGUUCCUCGAGUGCAAGGCUCGCGCCAACCCGCCGGUGAGCGACGUGGGCUGGCGGCGCGACGGCAGCGUGCUCGUGCCGUCGGCUGGACCCCAGGAGCUCGUGGUCAACGACAACUUCCUGGCCAUCCAGAAGCUCAGCCGCCACGACUCCGGCAACUACUCGUGCUUCGCCGGCAACUCGGAGGGCGUCGCCGAGAGCGCCUGGUUCGGCCUGCGCGUCCAGCACGCGCCGGUGUGCAAGCAGCACUCCGCUGUGGUGUACGUGGGCUCGCGCGGCGACGAGGUGCAAGUGGUGUGCGAGGUCCUAGCGCAUCCGGACAUGGUGUCAUUCCAGUGGAGCUUCGACGGCGGUGGCGACGGCGGAAGCCGAGCGAUCCACUCGGGCUUCAGCGGCGACCGCGCCACACUGUCGAGCGUGAUGCGCUACACGCCGCUCACGGAGGCCGACUUCGGGACGCUACUGUGCCGCGCCAACAACAGCGCCGGCCACCAGCGGCGGCCAUGCGUCUUUCACAUCGUGCAAGCGAAGCCCCCGGAGCCACUACACAACUGCCAGAUCUGCAACCUGACCGAGACAUCGCUGGGUGUGACUUGCUGGACGGGUCACGGCGGAGCGCCAGAGGACGCGCCCCGUGGCCCUGCCGCUGGCCUGAACACGACGUACGUGCUGGAGCUGUACAGCAGCCAGCAGCCGUCGCAGGUGCUCAACGCGAGCAGCAGCCAGCCCGUGUUCAGCGUUCGCAACCUGCAGCCGCGCACGGAGUACUUCAUCGUCCUCUACGGAGUCAACAGCCUGGGCCACAGCAACGCCGUCAAGCUCUACGCUAGCACGCUGACAUCCGCUGAAGCGCUCCUUGACACAGAACACGCCUGGAACGUCCUGGGUCUCGGUGUCUACUCAAGCAUACUGAUAGUAGUGCUGGUCAUCCUGUGCCUGGUGCUACUGGUUCUUGCAUUCGUUGUGAAUCGCUGGCGCAAGAAGCAAACGCUCAGAGAUGCCGGAGGUCACAAGAAGACAUGUCUUGCUACGAUCGACAGAAACGCGACAGUACGAAAGGAAGCAUAUGACGCAGCUGACGAAGAAGUUUCAGUGCUAGAUAUUAAAGGGCUGCCGACUGCAUCGAGCGGGCCGUUCGGCACCAACCUCGAAGAAGGUGUGUCGUACGUUCGCGAGACCGCAUCCAUCGCUGGACGCCUGCCCUGCCACACGACCGACAUGUACUACACGCUACCGCAGCUGCACAGCCGCCACAACGGCAUACGGCUGCAGACCUUCUCCCGCGAGGUGAUGUGAGUGCAGUGAGAAGACGCCACCUCCCCCUCGCCGAACUCAGGGCGGCGGUCGGUUCACUCGACCCGAUCGGUCGCCAGCCGUCGGCGCUGACGCUCGAGCGUUCCACCGCAGCCCCGCUAAAAUUGGGUGUGGCUCUCGCCAUUGUGAUGAUCGCUGGAGUCGGCAUAUACUGAACGAGUAUCAUACACAUGCACGCACUACGCAUACAGGAGGAGUUGUACACAUGACGUCACUGCGACGCCUUGAAUGUUGGAUUGCUCAUUCCAUGCCACCCGUGUAUUCUACACAUGUGUUCUUUGCGAUCACUUCUCAGUUGCCAUCGCACGGAGCACGCGUGCACUCCACGCGAGGGACAACCGCCGGGGAAGCCCUCUUCGUCGGUGGUUCGCGCUGCGCCGAUUGUGGGACAAGGCCACGAAGCAAAUGACGGGCGCCUGCUGGACGGCGAAAACUGCAGUUGAGAGCUCAGAAAGGGUGAUUUUCUGAGCCACGAAAGCCAUCGAUUUGCCGCUUUUUAGUGAGCGGUCUGCAUAUAUUGCGGUGGCCGUUGCACUUCGGGAAGGAGCUUCGUAGAAACGGAUAAGAGACGCAGUGAUCAUUACUUUAUUUGUUACUUCUUUUUUUUUCUCCCCUUUUGCCUGCUUCACUGCACCAUGUAGCUAUGCCUGUAUGUGUUUAUCCGUGUAAGUCUUGUGUGGCUGCUGUGAAGCACCUGCGUUAUAGAAGUGGCAACGCUUCACUUUUUGUUAACAGCAAGGCUGGCUUCAAAAUGUUUUCACUUGCGCAUGUAGCCACCAGACGAUACAGCCGCUAUAGUCCCCCGCGUGAAGCUCAUCAUAGUAUCGCUGUUAAUAGGAUGAGAUUGACCACUGGAGUAUUGUAAUCAGCUAUAUUUUAUGUAUGAUAGUGGGUCCGUGAUGUUGAGUGUGUGACGAGAACAUAUAUGGCACGUACAAUGACUCGUAGAAUACAUUGUUUCCAUUGGUUUCCUAGCCUAUACCCGCACCCUUCCCGAUUUAGUGCUUCGUAGCAGUUUAGGAUGUCGUGUUCUUUGUGCUCAAUGCGGCUUUUCUUAAUAGCGAGUUACGCCGCUGUCGAGCGCGGCUAAGAUAAGGAGCAUGUGUCUCCGAUGUUGUCAUGUGACUCACGAGUUGCGCAAGAACAACGCUUUCGAAUGACAGAAUUACGGUACAAGUAACAGACCGUUGAUUUCCUUCCAUGCUUUUUUCGUUCUACAAUGCACUGAACGCGUACAAUAUAUCCUGGCUUCUGGAGCACCGUGCUGUCCUUUAGAAGUUUUACGGUCGUCCAAGCCUACCAUGUACAGUUUACUCAAGCACGCGUUCGACGUUCGCCAAUGUGUUACGAGACGCGCAUACUCUCGUAUGCGGUCGCCACUGACUGUGCUGUGACCUCCUGGGGCAUGCUUUCCCGCGCACGCUGCGCGCAAACCUCUCUCGACCGCAUUCCAUGUGGGUGCUCGCAAUCACGAGUUGUGAAAACGUAUUCGAGCAUGCGGCACAUGAGAGGUGCUAACCAAGACGUUGCUUGAAGAGUUUUGAUCCAUUUCGUUGUCAAGUUCAAAUUGAAGGUCCAUCUUCGGCCGGAGAAACGGCGAUUGUCGACAGGAAUUCUGACCCCCCGCUGAAUGCUCAAACGAAAGCGGUCUUAGUAGCCCAGUUUGCAUCUUACACUCGUCAUUAGCCUAACACCGAAUUGUUCGCGAGGCUCCAAAAUUCAUUUUGCAAGCUCGUUUGCUUUUAUUAUUAUUAUUAUUAUUAUUAUUAUUAUUAUUAUUAUUAUUAUUAUUAUUAUUAUUAUUAUUCCUAGCGCGACAAAUUGUCGAUGUUUUUUUUAUCUUGUGGCCAUAAAAUGAGCUGUCAGUGAUGCGUUUUCUUAUCUCUUCAACAUAGCCCACGCGGAGACUUCUUUUUGCGAGCCACACUUUGUCGCACAUACGGUAUCAUUGCUGCACACAAUCCUCGCGAAGGAGAAUCCCAGUGCAACCUGUUCUGUUGGACACAACCGUAGUGUAGAGGUCUCCCCGCGCUUACCGGUGGUCUCUGUUCGCGACGGACGCUAUUUCGACUAGAAAAAAAAAAUGAGGCGUAGUCGGUAAAUUGUGUAUAAGAUACUUUGCGUGCAAAAUGCAACCACUACUUAUCGCUGUCUCAUAUGCCUCCCUUCGAAGCUUCCUGAAGUUGCACGUCGCCAUAACGAACCUCGGGUCAGAUAAGGAAAUCGAAAAGUUCAGCGUGCAGCUUAGCAAAGUGAUCGACCUAGGUUCAGGCGCGUGCGGCGUUUAUGUUCUUCUUUCCUUUUUUUUUUUUUUUUCAAGUGCUUUGUUCACGCUAUGACGCCUUCAGCGUUAGGGCCCAGUGAAAGUCUAGGACCAUCUGACGCCAGCUUCAGGUCGCAACGAAUGUUCGCACGCACUCGUGACUCGCUAAUUGUGUUCCUUUUGGGCGUCGUCGAGCAUGGACUCGUUUUUCGGCGGCACGAACUUGUCUCGAUUAGAACAGAGAGGCACUGUUUCGGCGGGGCUAGCCGAAAGUUCAUCCCCAAGCAGACUUCACUCGCUCUCAAAGCUGAACGCCGCACCGUGAAAGAGGCACGAGAAGAAAAUGGCGGCGGCAGUGUGGAAGUGUGGCAGCUGCCGCGCGAGAAAAAUCUUCGUGCUUCCAGCGCCAGCGCUGUCGAUUCGCGAACGAAAUCGUGCCGUGAUGUCCGGCCACGCGCAAGAAGUCACGCUAUCCUUAACACGGGACUACGUGCUCAAUAGCUUUCGCGUGUUUUCGUUAGCGGGCAGCUUAGAUUUGCUGGUUGUUGGCUCAAGAAUGCUGAGCGCAAUCGCCUGAAGAUAAUGACCGCCUCGUUUCCGAGAUGACUCCACUGCGAUAGUUUCUAUUCGAAAUAUAAACGCGCGCGCAUUGUACCGUCAAUCUGUGGGCAAUCUUACAACGCACCCCCCACAACAAUUGAAGCUCCGUGCGUACGUUUCUUUUAGUGAUUGUUGAGACCAAUGUUUACAGCCCAAUAGGUCCUCGUGUACAUGGUUUUGUAUUAUUUUGGUAUGUGCGAGCUGGCGAAUAUCUCAAAAGGAUUUGAGAAAUUUAUUUUAUUAUUGCUUCAUCAGUAGCAAAUACUUGUGUUGCCACGAGCGAUCCGCUAAUUGAGUGAGCGAGUUUAAGGAUUUUUUUUUAAUUGUUGUAAUAAGUUGUUAAAGGCUGCUGGUGGUUGUUGAGAGGAAACACACGAACAAGCGUAGCGCAGGGUGUGAAAUCACUAUUCAUAUAUUAACGCAUGUGUAAAUAAAUGUACAACUUAGAUAUGUUGUGAAGGCAACGUUCAAGAACGCACUGGCGACGGCUCUCGCCCAGUGAGAAACGCGUGCAUUGAAGGCCGCAUUUUUCUUCCCUUCGAAGCUGAGCGCAACAUUUCGUUGCACGUUAUCAAAAAAAAAAAACAAUAAAAUGCCCAGUCUAAUGUAACUGAGGCUGUGUCAAAAAAUUUCGAGUAGCAUUAACCAAGUAUCCCCGAAAAGGACAGCCACUGAUCAGCUGAAAGGAACCGGUGGUUCUCAUAUCUUGGUAUCCCGCUGUUCUUCCUGAGCGCUUUUUUUUUUCUUCUUUCCCAGACUGUUUUUCGUGGUUACUCGCUCAGUUUGUUUGUUGGUUGGUCGGUUUCUGAAUUCAUUUAGGUAUCCUAGUUUCAUUGUUUGUUCUCAUUUCUGCAAAGCGCGAUAGCGCUGACUUCUAUCUGAGGAAUACAUCACUCAUAAAUCUCGUUUUAAUCGCGAUUUACGCUUGAGCUGGUACGUUUUACGCGGCAGGACAAACAUUCGGCGCUUGUGCUGCGUAUCUGGCUCUGUAACGCGUAAAUUUGCACCGUAAUAUCAUGUUCCUCUAGCAUAAUCUGUCACCGGCGUUGCUGCGGACUUGUAUUACAUUUGCAUCGCAAAACGCUCCCCGCUUUCCUUGCACCGAGCGUCCGGCAUCACCGUCUUAUUUGCCAGUUGUCACGUGAGGUGAUUUGAAAUUUGAAAAGCAGACAAUCUCGAGCAAUCUUCGUUCUCACGUAUUACUUCGUUCCUUUAAAAAAAACUCUCCCACUUGAUCUAAGAACGAUGAGGAGCCUGUUGCGACUAGUGUUCUCUACUAUGGGUUCGAUGUGGUGGGUGUCACGUCACUACGUUUGAUUCCUCCCCUUAGACUCCAUCCUAUAUGCACACUCUAUCUCCCUUCUUGCCUCCUUUAUUAUUUAUUUUUUACGCUGUAGCUUGGGGAGCCCAACUUAACAGGUGACGAGGCCAGGGAACGGCAGGCGGGAGCGAAGUACAAACAAGACGCUUCUUAGCAGCCCCACUUUUUCCUCGAUUCGUCAGGGAGGCGCAAUACGGGCGCGAAAGACAACGAGAACUCGCGUUACCCUGGAGAAAAUAUACUGUUCAUUUAUCUGCCUACCAACCCUAUUUUUUUUUCUCUACAUCUCCGUAUAGCUCGCUGCGAGCCCGCCUGGAGACAACGCUGCUCGCACUUAUUCGCGCAUCAGCAGACUUCCCCUCCAAAAAAUGCAGCAUUCAUUCUUUCGGCUCCCAAGUGCGUUGUCCCGCCUCACAGGGCCCGGUGACGGUGCGACGUCGAGCGAGAUGAGAGAGUUCGCCGCCACCACCGGCAAAGGUGGAGAGCUCGCCGGCUACAUUGGCGCGCGCAUGCACUGCAAGGCUGCCGCCGCUGUCUAAUGGUGGAAAGAAGGUGGCGGGGGGCUGAGGCAAGUCGGCGACCCGUCUUCUGGCCUCCGACGGCGCCUGCUUCUUCGGCUCCCUUAACCACGCCCGUCGGUGCUACGCCGCGGGCAAAAGUUACCCCCGCUCUCCUCACCUCCACCUCUGGCACGGCGGUGGCUGGCGAGCCCUGCAUCGAAGGAGCAGCAGCGGGGCCGCCCCGGUGAUAUCGAGCCGCGCGCUCCGACAGAGGGCUGUUCCUAACGACUUUCGCGACGGAGCAUCGCGAAAAGAUAGAGCGAACCGCCAUCUGCUGAGCUCCCGCUAGCAGAUGGCGGCAGCGCCCGAAGAACGUCCGUGCCGCCGUGCAACCCUUUUGAAUGGAAACAGAGCGCGGCUCUCAUUGUCGCGAGGGCAUGCGGGGGAGAGGGAAGGCUCGGGUUGUUCCUUCUGCCCCGGGCCAUAGCCGUCCAGAUUGCGCGGGCCCUCCGCCGCGCUAUCUCCCCCGUGACGUCACGCACGCUGCCCAAUCGGAUCUUCUUCAUAGACAUUGCUGUGGUAGAAACGCGAGCGAUAGUAUAUUUUCUUCGCGGGAGGAAAUGUCCCGGAGGGCAGGACAGCCUACUUGAAGGUGUGGCGCUCUGGUAGUUAGAUUGGAUCGGUUCGUAUGCGCUAACCGCAUAAAUUCAAAUAUAUGUUUGCGUGCGUGCGUGCGCGCGUGUGUGAAUCGAAGGCGCUCGAAGGGUGCGGAUUGUGCAGGUCAUCAACUCCGAGAGCAGUAGUCCCGCUCACAGCGCCUCUGUAAAAAAUGCAAUUGACGCUCCGCUGUGGACGGCAAGAUUAGGUGCGCAGAGUCACGACUAUUUCUUCCAAUACAAUUUUUCUUAAACACCUGUGGGGGAUUAAUGCACGCUCAGCAACCCCUCCUAUGGUUGGUACAUAUUAAGGGAAGCUCAAUUGGAAAGCGGUUGUACGAGUACUUAUGUAUACUUCUGUAUGGUUGUUGCACACAGAAAGCGACCCUUUUCCACAGGAAACAGGCUGUCCAACAUAUACAGCGUUGCAAUGCGAAUUUAUUUAAGAACUUCUGAUGACAUGCAAGAGCAAAGGCAUUCUACUCCUUAAUAUCACAGAGAUAAGAGCCCAGUAGAUCCCAGGCGGGGCCUACAAGGCCCCUUGGCACCGCCGCCUCUUUCUUUCCUCUUCCUGAAAUUCCCCUCCCCCCCCCCCCCCCAUCCCACUUUCUCUGUACAUUCCUACGCGCAUUUAUGCACGAUGGCCACUAGCUGGAUUUUUUAGACGUUACGACUAAGAUGGCACGACAGCCUGAACAAAAGCGGAGAAAUAUCAUCACUGAUCUCACUGUGGCGUCGUUUUGCGGCAAGGCACGGCGCCAUUGCAACGAUAACAAUUUCCUCCGUGAGUGAGAGCCACGGAGGAGUGCUACGCUACGUCACCUCUAGGUCACGACGAUACAAAAGCUCGGCGCGAUAAUGGCCGGAGCAUGGCGAGCAUCGCACCGCGCAGCUUCAAGCGCAGUUCGAACAACAAAACGUGGGAGGAAGAACAGAGGACGUGGCAACAUCAGCAUUUGAUUUCUGAUAGCUCCGCUCAUACAAGAACAAUUCAACUUUUGUUGGCGGUGAUUCGUUAGGACUUGCGCUUUAAUACCAGACACAUUUCAUGAAUUUAUAAAGAAGAAUAUAUUGCGCGGCCCCUUUAAGAGGUUUUUUUUUUUUACUUCCACGGCGCAUUGCAAAAGCUCCGAUAGAGAGAGUGGCGUGGAUUCUGAACUGAUUUGGGCAGCGCGACAAAAUGACGACAAAAAGAAGGCGACUGACAGUGCACGUCGUUGUUGUUGUGGCCUCGCAGAAGUAGACGAAAGCUAUAGACCACAGAAACAAAUGGCAGAAACACCGCGAUUUCACCAUGAAUUCACCAUGAAAAUGCACCACGAAAAUUGCAUUCUAGCAGCACAACCUCCUGAAUGUUGCAGUAAACUCAUGGAGAGCCGCUAAAAUGAACAUGUCGCUGUUUGUUGCCCAACUGACAUGCACCAACUGACAAUAGCUUAGAUGUCCAUAAAAGUAAAUAUUGAUUACUUGACGAAAAUACGACGAACAUUCUAGAGAGAGAAGCGGCGGCAUGAGACAAAAAAAAAAAAAAAUAGUGGUCACUUGUCCUAUCAGUUCAAUCCUUUCUUGUUCUCGUUUUGUCGCACUUCCUAAAUCAGAAAUGAAUUCAUCGAGCAUACUUACCAGCAAGAAAAAAAGGCGCAUUAUGACAUGCAGAAGGUCUAAUUUGGCUGCAAACAAUAACACGUUCUUUUAUAAUUGCUCAUAACAGCAUCGUUGAUUCUAGAAAUCGAAAGCGAAAAGAAGCAGGAAAAGCGUCAUUUACUUUGUAUUAUCCCUGGGAAGUUGCUCACUUCCUGCACGGUCAAAGUGUGUGCAGCCGUAAUCAUUCUUCCCGGAGCACCGAACAAACCUGGCUCUUCAUGGCAGAUGACGAAAACGCCUCGGCAGUAGUUUCCUUUUUGAUUAGCAUUCUUCUCAGAGGCUGCUGCUCAACGUCUUUCUCAAAGCGGGCAAGCGUCUCACAGAAUAAUAUACGAGGGCUACAUUCGAUCAGCCUCAUCGAAAGAUCGCUGACACGCGCACAAGUGUGGAGGCUUGCGCGGUUGUGUAAUGGUCUCAAAAAGGCGGAGAAAGUCGCUGCUCGACGGUACUGAGGCGCGGCCGCAUUUCUCCCCCAUUUCCCAGGCGGCUGUGCGCGGGUCUAGAUCUGCUCACCUCCCCUGCCACCCCUGUUACAAAACAAGGAGCUUGUCGACGGUGAUGGUUUCUGUUCAUUAGUCAAGAACGAAUCCAAUAUGUGCAGAUCUCGGCGCCUGGCAUUCGUGGCCCGUGACUUGGAGAAGGUAUACGCUCUCCGGGCGCGAACGCUGCCAGAAGAAUUCGCCUCCAUCUGACACGAGCACCCGAGGUUCCUCACCUGAUCUAUGUCGUGGCAGGCUCUCUCCAACUUCUGUGCGUCCGAUCGAAAACAAAUCUAAAUGCCUGCGAUACUUCGGCCUAGGUUCGCGAAAAGUUUCUCUCCCAGGAUUUGUUCUGCAGCUAGCGUGCACUGCUCCUCCUCGCGCGGCGACUAUUUUCUUUUUUUUUUUUUCGUCUUGUUCGCUUCCCACCGUUCGACUUCUUCGGUAUCUUAGCCCUCAACGUAAUUUCCCCAAGAGGCUCGAAGAAGACAGAUUGAGAAUCGUUCUCCUGGGAACCGAAGGGGGGCUUUGAGUCCUGACCGUUGCUUCUGCGCGGCUAUUUCUGAGCGCCGUGUAUUAGAUACUGUCGCCAUGGCCGGAGUCUGCAGGCAAUAACUCUGUUCAUUGGCUGUCCUGCGACACACGUUCCGAUCAAAUGUAGCAAUAAAUUGCCUAAUCUCUUCAGCGUCCGAAGGUUUGAUCACCUUGCCAAGUGUGGGCACUGUAAAGUUACAGCGGGAAUGUAAAUAAAUCUGCUGAGUACCAGAUAUUGUAGUUGUCUCAAUUUUCCGAACAUUGUUGAUAUUCCUUUAAAAAAUAAACCUUGUAAUUUUUGCCAAAGGUGUGAAAUAUGAAAGAUAACUUGCAUGAUGGCUUUUUGAAAUUUUCCUGUUGAUAAAUUUCUUUUAAACUUAAUUGCUCCUCAAAAGCUUAAGGAGCAGAGUUCUACUUAUUUUAUUAACAAAUGCUUAGCAUGACAGCGUGGCAUCCUACGUCCAGCACACGGCUUAGAUUACUUUCAAUGGGAACUGGCUGCCCUUCAAGCGUUAUCAACAAUAACCCACUAUUUUACAGGUCUAUUUUCAUUGUGAGCAUCUUCGUUGAACAUGUAUUUCGUUUUUGUAAAAGCGAAAUACGCGUUUUGUGUUGCAGCACCUGACAUCGUUUUAAUGUUAAUAAAGGUUUUUUUGAAGAA